GAGAUCUACUUUUGGGCACAAUAUGAGCUGAAACGGCGGGUAUCACUUGGGAAUGUUCCCUCGUUAGUAUGAUUUGUCUUAAGUCAUAUGAUUAGGAUUAGACCUAUCAGUUAGAAGGAUACUGAAGUUUUCGAACUUGUUGCCUUACCUUCAACGAUUCCAUCGUGACUUAUAACAAACAAUUUGUUAUGUACAUUAGAAAAAAAAACAGAACAAUGAUUAACACAAAAAGAUACGCGAGCAGACGAAAUGUUUUGAUACUGCACACAUUUGAAAAAUACUAUUAGUUCAGCUGGUAGAUAUGAAAAUAAUUGUUUGAUUAUCUUUAAAUAGCUCGAUCGUAUAUAUGAAGACAUAGUUUGUUUUUUUUUUGACUUUUUUAAUUUCAAUUCGAACAAAAAAGUGAAUAUGAGUAUUGUUCUAUAUCUUUUCUUCAUAUGUUAUUCAUAAGACUUAAAAUAAUUGAAUUAUUUAUUUUAUAUGUAUAUGAAAAGAAAAUUAUUGAAAUAGAAUUUAUUUAGAUUCAAACACUUGAUAAAAUUCUUAUUUAUGAAGCACCAGGUGAUGUUCCACAUGAUAUGAAAUAUAAAACAACAUUUAAAAUCAAUAAAAAUAUUGAAUGUAGUUCAAUGAUUGUAACAUCAUCAUAUAUUAUAACAUGUCAAGAUAAACGUUUACAUUGUUUUAAUUUUUCUGGUGAAGAAAUACGUGUUUGGCAAAUGGAUAGUCCAAUACGUUAUUUAAAAUUAAUUGGUGGUCCAUCAGAAUAUGAAUCUGUAUUAAUUGGAUUAAAAAAUGGUGGUGUUUAUCAAGUAUUUGUUAAUAAUCCAUUUCCUCAAUUAUUAGCUAAACAAAAUAGUGUUAUAUAUUGUGUUGAUAUGAAUGUAAAUCGUACAAAAGUUGCAAUUAUUGAUGAUACAUUAACACUUUUUGUUUAUAAUGCUCGAACAAAAGAAUUACUUUAUCAAGAACCAAAUGCACAAACCGUAGCUUGGAAUAUUUCAUUUCCUGAUAUGCUUGCAUUUUCAGGUGAUGGUUUUAUUAAUAUUAAAGUAGCUGAUUUUCCAGUUUAUAGACAAAAUUUACAAGUACCUAUGAUUGAUGCUGAAGUAUCGGGUCUUAUUGUUGGUUUUAAUGGUUGUACUAUAUAUUUAUUACAUUUAUGUACUAUGAGUGGUAUAACUGUUCCAGUAACAGAUGCUGUUUAUCGUUAUAUGGGAAAAAGACAACUUGAUAAUGCAUAUCAUUUAGCAUGUUUAGGUGAAACAAGUAAAACAUGGGAAGCAUUAGGACAUGCUUGUUUAGAACAAGGACAAUUUAAUUUAGCAAAAAAAUGUUUUAGUCGUAUAAGAGAUGUGAAAUAUUUGAAUUUAUUAGCACAAUUUGAAGAAGCAACAAAACGUGGUGAAAAUAAAAUGAAUAUUUAUCUUGGAGAUUAUUAUGCAUAUAGUGGUCGAUUUCAAGAUGCAGCAAGAAAUUAUCAACAUGGUGGAGCACCUGAACGUGCAAUGACUAUGUUUUCAGAUUUACGAAUGUUUGAUCAAGCUAAAGAAUAUAUGGUAGCAGGUGAUAUGGAUCAACAAAAAUUAUUAAAUAAACAAGCUGAAUGGGCUAUUACAAUGAAUGAACAACGUCGUGCUGCUGAAUUAUUUGUCGCUGCUAAUGAUUAUCAAAAAGCAAUUGAUUUAGCUGGAAAAAAUAAAUGGACUGAUUUAUUAGCAUCAAUAACAAGUAAAUUAGAUAAAUCUCAAAUAGAUCUUUUACGACGUUGUGCACGUUAUUUUGUUGAAAUGAAACAAUAUACAUAUGCUGCUGAUGUUUAUGAAAAAAUGGGUGAUAUUAAAUCAUUACUUGAUAUGCGUGUUAUUUUAUCUCAAUGGGAUGAAGUAUUUAUCUUAGUUCGUCGUUAUCCAACAUAUGCAUCUGAUGCAUAUUAUCAUUAUGGUCAAUAUUUAGCUGAACAUGAUCGUUUUGUUGAUGCACAACGUGCAUUUCAUAAAGCUGGUCGUGUUAAUGAAGCACGAAAUGUUUUACAAGCAUUAACAAAUAAUGCUGUUAAUGAAACACGUUUUAAUGAUGCUGGAUAUUAUAAUUGGUUAUUAUCAAAAGAAUAUUUAAUUGCAUUAAGUGAAACAUUAAAUGAUGAUUUACGUGCUGAUUUAUAUAAACGUUAUCAUCGUUGUUCAUUAUUAGCUGAUCUUUAUUAUGCAUAUCAAUAUAUAUAUGAAUAUACAACAGAACCAUUUGUUGAUACACCACCUGUUAUAUUAUUUAAUAUAGCACGUUUUAUAUAUCAUAAAUUAGCUAAUUUAGCUGGUGAUAUACCACCAGCAUUAUCAAAAUUUCGUACAUGUUAUGCUGCAUGUAAAAUAGCUAAAAUUUUAAAUGCUAAUAAAUUUAGUCGACAAAUGAUUUAUUUAAUGCGUGAUUUAACAUUUACACAUAAUUUAGGUAAUAAACGUAUUGAAAUAGAACAAUUAGCAUUAGAAAUGGAAGCACGAACAUUUAGUGAUGAUCAUGAAUUAUUACCUUUAUGUUAUCGUUGUUCACAUCAUAAUGAAUUAUUAAAUGUACGUGGUAAUGAAUGUUCAAGUUGUGGAAGUCCAUUUGUUCUUUCAUUUCUUUCAUUUGAUGUUCUACCAUUGGUUGAAUUUAUUCUACCAUCGGAUAUAAGUGAUGAAGAUGCUUUAAAUCUUCUUGAACAAGUACCAAAUAGUCAAUUAGAAAAUCCUACAUCAUCAUCAACAAAAAUAAAUCAAUCAACAACAAAUCGUCUUGUUAUAACUGAACAAGGAAAUACAACACGUGCUGAAGAUAAAGAUCCAUUUUUAAAAAAAAUGAGUAAAUAUAGUUCAAAUCCAGAUGAAUAUCGACCUGUUGUUGUUGAUCGUGCUUUACUUAAAGCAAUGGAUCCAUCACUUGUUUUUGUUUGUAAAUGGCCAUUUCCAUUAAGAUGGAAAUGGUAUAGAAUUAUUGUACCUGAACAACCUGUUGGUCGAUGUAGACAUUGUAAUAAAUUUUUUCAUAAUGAUGAAUUUGAAUUAGCUUUAUUAGAACAAAGUGGUUGUCCAUUCUGUCGUAAUAAAAAAGAUAGUGAUACGAUAGACGAAAUUGAAAUUAUAAUUUCGUCCGAUAUGUUCUUAGUCAAAAUUAAAAUUUUAAUUUCGUCCAGACGAAAUUAA